CUGCUUUAUAUCAUGAUCCCAUGCGCAACAUUUAUUUGAUAUUUGAAGAUAUGACAAGAUAAAAAGAUGGUCGAGAAUUCUGAGGAGCCACAGAGCAACAUUUUGUGCAGCAGCACCAGUCGCUACCUCAUCAAGCGCAUUGCUGGAGAGGGACGCUCUGCCAAAGUUGUCAUUGCUGUGAAUCUUAGCACAAUGCAGGAAGUGACUAUCAAGAUGUUAAAAGAAGAGCAUUUUGCUAAAAGAGAGAUCAGGAUGCUCAAAGCUGUGAAGGUUCUCGAUCCAGAGAAAAACAACCUGGUUCACUUCAUUGAGAAGUUCAAGUACAAAGGUCAAACAUGUUUUGUGUUUGAAAAGCUGGACAUGAACCUUCACUGCCUGCUUAACCAAAGAAAGAGGUCACUGACACUCAAUGAGAUCCGGCCGAUAGCUAACCAGUUGCUCAGAGCUUUUAGAGCACUGAAAGGUAUUAAAGUGGUUCACGCAGACUGUAAACUAGACAACGUAAUGCUGGUUAACCAUCAGAAUGAGCCCUACCGAGUCAAACUAAUUGAUUUUGGCUUGUCCUUCAAAAGCCCGCUGAAAGAACUCGGGAUGAUAUUUCAGCCUGUGCGUUACCGUGCACCUGAAGUCACUCUGGGCCUCCCCUGCUCUGAGGCCAUUGAUAUGUGGAGUCUUGGCUGCAUGCUUCUCUUUUUGUAUCUAGGCAACCACCCAUUCUCCAGAUGCGAGUACCAGAAAAUGAAAGCACUUGUUCACAUGGUGGGCCUGCCAGCUGACCACCUCCUCAGGGCUGGGAAGUACACCCACUGCUACUUCAAGAAGGACAUACACUGGCCCAGACCAGGAUGGUGGAUAACGACCCCCAGUGAAUACCACAGCAGCACAGGCAUUGAACCCAAGAAAAAGCAAAGUCAUAUUAGAACACUCGAUGACCUGAUGACACUCUACCCAACAAUCCAUGGCACCACUGAGCUCAAUGACAGGAAAGCUUUUGUCAGCCUCAUCCAAGGCUUCUUGGAGAUUGACCCAAAGAGGAGGCUCACCCCAAAGUUGGCACUAUCACACUCCUUCCUCACGAUGGUCCAUAUAAUCAACUACACGGACAGCCCAUAUUAUAAAGAUGCUCUGGAUAAAAUGAAGGUUCUGCACAUGGACAAUGAAACCUUUUUCUCAGACCGUUUCACAAAUUGUGAGGAGAAAGAGGCUUCAGAUAUUCGUCCUUCGUCUGCUGCAGGCUUGGUGGUGUCUCAAUCCUGUGACACUGACAAAAACAAGCGCCGCAUGUGUGUUGAUACAUCAGCAGCAACGAAGUCAGCCAUCACCGUCAACAUCUACCAUCAUGAGGACCCAGCUAAGGAGACAUUAGCCAAUGAAAGGAGACGAUCUGUCAAAGUGCAAAGCCAACAGGGAAGGCGUGUGAAAAGGAUCCUAGAGUUCUUUGGCCGAGUUAAGAGACUAUUUGAGAAUAAUUCAACAUAAAUG